UCUUCCUUCAUGAACUCACGACCACCUUGGCGCAUCUUACUACGCAAGUGGGUGACAUAGUUAUUUGCCGCCAGAUACCCCAGCUCUAUUACUUUUAUUCCUGCUAGUGCUAUUUCUAUUACACUUACUUAUCCUUACCUCUCAUCUUUUACGUGUUCCUCAAGUAGGCAAUGUACUUUGAACAGAAUAGGAAGACGAUUAACGAUUCUGCGUUGACGCAUUCCUAUUUCAUUGCCCACUUGGAACGGCUCUCCCAACCCGCCCGCCCGCUAAGACAACAGUGGACCCGGCCGCGCGCGACGAAAACAAAACCACCCACCAUCCGGCCCCUCCUCACUCCCCGCGCCGCAUCCCUCAUCCGGGCCCGUCGGAUAGCGCCCAACGACCUCCGGAGGUUCAUAUAUGCUUGUGUUCCGUACCACUCCAGGCCGCUCAUUCAAACAAACACAUCGUGCGCGCGUCAAGCAACCCAACUCAACAAACCCUUUCCAAGAUGCCUCGUCUAAAUCCCCUAUUCCUCCUAUCCCUCACAGUCGCCUUGACAGCCUACAUGCUUUCACCAACUCUCCGCGACUUUCUCACAUCAGUGACCUCAACUCUCAUACCUUCAACCUCCUCUCAAUCUCCAGUCUCACCAAGUACGAGGAAACCGCGGAUGCCAGUCUAUUUCUUCUCCCACGGUGGCCCAGACGUAAUGUACAACAAAGCCCACCCAGUCUACCCAACCCUCCAACACAUCGGCGCCGAAAUCACCUCCCUCGCCCCGACCGCAAUCCUAGUCUUCUCAGCCCACUGGCAACCACCAUCUCAAUCAACGCCGCCCCCGGCCCGGCACCCUUAAUCUACGACUUCUCCGGCUUCCCCCUCCACUACUACUCAGCAACCUACCCAAACACCGGCUCCCCGCAGCUCGCAUCCCGCGUCUGCUCCCUCCUCUCCGCCUCCAACGACAGCAACAUCUCCUGCGUGCCCACGACAGACCGCGGCCUAGACCACGGCGUGUGGGCAGGCUUCCACGUAGCCUUCAACCCGUCCUCCAACCCGCUCAACGUUCCGCUAGUCCAAGCAUCGCUCUUCCGCUCAGAGGACCCGGACGCUCAUUAUCGCCUCGGCGCCGCCCUCUCCGCCCUCCGCGACGAAGGCGUCGUUAUCAUUGGUGCGGGCAUGUCCGUCCACAACCUCUACCACAUGAGCAACGAUCCGCGUCCCAUGCCAUACGCCGUUAGCUUCGACGACGCGCUCAAAGAGGCUGUCGAGGUUGCCAACGUCGCCGAGAGGCAGGACAAGAUGGCUCAGGUCUGCAGACGGCCCGAUGCCAAGCAGGCUCAUCCGUACAUGGAUCAUCUCAUGCCCAUUCACGUGGCUGCCGGGGCUGCGGGCGACGACCGCGGGAAGCAGCUGUGGACCAUGAAAGAAGGCAGCUUCGCGUGGGCUCAGUAUCGUUUUGGGGAUGUCCCGAAAUCCGUGGCAUGAUGCCAUCACAAGGGCCUUGCAUUCGCAGCAAAACCAUGUAUUAACAUUGAAUUUGGUAACAACACAUCUAUGAUACCCGCGAGUCAUCGUUAAUUAUAAAAGUGUCUGACAAUAGACUUGCAUUAAUCGUUUUAGUGAACCGAAUACGUCUCCAUUACGAGAAAUCCACAGUGUCUUCUCAUACGAACGCCCCAUGGACUGAUGGCCGACGCCUACUGCUGAGAAAAUUCUCCACCAAGUGAUGGCUGCCAGCUGCUUCGGCCUUCCAGUCAAGGCUCGCGGUAUCGGAUUUCUCACCAUCAUGCGAGUCGCUGGAGUCUAGUAGCCGGCGAACGGAUCCCCGCCUCUCCCUGGGAGACCCGCGAUCAUGGCUGGCCAGCAUGGGACCAAAUUGUUUCUCGAUCGUCAACCUUGGGCUGGAAGCAGACGGUUGAAGUCCUUUUUGUAGUCCGGCGCGUCUGACUAAUUUGACCGGAGAUCGUGCCUUGGGCUGGAAGGGGGGCUCGAAACUUGCGGCCUUUGGGAUGGCGUCCAUGCUGCGAACCUUGGAAGCUUGUCGAUCCACGGCUUUGACGGGUAGGUUACUAUGAGAAAGACGAGACUGCAAAACCGGCAUCGAAGGAGUCGUCCUCAAAGAGCUUCUGGGCGGAAUUGGUGGAGGGUUGUAGAUGCCACGAAGACGCCUAGCCACGCGUCCGUUCGUCUCAGGGAUCGUGUUCUCGUCUCUCAAAGGUGUGGAGAACUUUGAAUCGUCUAUGCCAUGCUCAACGCGGCUGGCAGACGACACUUGACGUGGGUUGUGGCUCGUCACUCUCAGCGGCGUUUGCAGUUUGGCCUUUCCUGUGCCCAUAGCUCUGUACAGAUUUGGAGAUUCAGGGUCCUCAAUCUCUGCGCGCUCACGCACAUGACCCAAGCUUCUAGGCAUACUUGUUUUUGCGUAACGAACUUCCGUCAGGUGCUGGUUCUCAGUAUUGGCCAACUUGGCGUCGGCAUGCGCCGCAUUGGCAGAGAGCCAAGUCUUCCACUCCACAGAACUUGCGUUUGAGACCGUUCGGCUCCGUGGCAUUGUCGGUGUAUAAGUAUAAUGGCCACUUGGUAAGUAGCGUAUUUGGUGUGUGUUCAUCGCAGGCGUAGCAUUAGGACUGUGAUCCUUUGCAACAGGCUCCGAGUCGUUGGACAUAGAGGGUAUCUGUCGAUAAUCAGAACCGGCCACUAUGUGGUUGGGGUGUCGGGGUGGCACUCUGGGUUCUGAUUGUUCCCCGAAACUUUGUGGUAAUGCCCGUGGGGAGAGAAGGUCGUCAGAGUAUAUACUUUCAGAGUAAGCAAGUCGGGGAUCUUCCUUAGAGAGACUCGGGCGACGCCUUGUGGGUAUAAGGUCGAGGUUUAGCAUUGAAACCGAUGGUGAUAGUAACUGAUCUGGAGCUGGAGCCUGUGACUCGGAUCUGACCUUCUCUUGCAAGACCUUGCGAUAUGGACUCGUGGUGCGGAAGAGGUGGCAAGUCGGGCUGCCAAAGAACGCCGAACUGCGCGUGGACAAUGCUCUUGGUGGAUUCGCGGUCUUGUCGCCCUGCAAAUUAUACGGCUUCGAGGGCGAGUGGUCUGGUUCGACCCCGGCCACGGGUCUUGAGCAAGGCUUGUAAGACCCAAUGGUAGUCUCAGAAGCCGAACGCUGGCGAUGAUGCAUUGUGCUAUCGGAUGGAGACACCGCUUCAUCGUGACCCGACUGAGGGGCCUCGGUCUCAACCACUGUUUGCAAUCUUUGCUCCCAAGGACUGUCAUGGAAGACGUCGUCCUCUUGCAAAAUACAUCUUAUGGUUGGUAGGUCUUGAUUCGUAGCUUCGUCAAGUUCCUGGCCGCCGAGGGAUGUCGACGAAUCAACUUUGCCAUUCCAAUUGAGACCGGUACUCCCAUCACUACCAUGCCGUAGCUGCUCUUCUCGUUGACCCUUUUGCUUGCAUUCGUUCAAUCGCUUCAUGAGGGCGGAGUAGACUCUGGCGCUAUCGACUGA